GCAUGCAUGAAGUGCACCCGUGUCGUGCAACAUCCGAGGAGGGCAGAAGAGGGCAUCGGAUCCCCCGAAACUGGAGCUAGGACAGUAAACCGCCAUGUGAUGUGAAUAAUGGGAAUCGAACCCAGGUCCUCGAUAAAAGCAGCAGGAGCCAUUCAGAAUCCCAGACGCCUAAACGUGAACACGUGCUAACGACCACGUGGGCAGGUCUGGCGGGACAAGUAUGGUCACUCAGGUCUCAACACUCCGAGGAGGCGUGGGUAACUGCUUUUGGGGCAUUGAUGCCGCUGUUUGGAGGGCUUGGGUUCUUCUGGCCCAGGUCCAUAGUGAGGCUGUAACCAUAUAUGGCCGCAGUCACUACGCAUCAAGCAACCGGCUGGACGUGGGGCCCUGUAGUCCCUGCCAGACUUCGAACCUCUGGUGCCAGGAAACCACCGCUAGAGCCACAGCUCAACCCUUGAACCCCAGCCUCCAGCUGGUCCACGUGCAACCAGCGAAGUACAGCAGCGCCUGCGCACUUCCGGUGGAGCGCCAACGCCGGCAACGAGGCAUCGUGGGACCUGUAGUUCUUCCGGAAAGAACCGCCUCGAGCGGGGUGGCCGCGCUGCAUGUUGGGAGCUGUGGCGCCGCGCGGCAUGCUGGGGACGCAGGCACUCCAGGGGCGUGCAGGCCCCUUCAGGUCCUAACCGUGCCGCGUCGUGGGUUUCGGAGGACUUUCGCCCACGCCAUACAAGCAACGGGCGCUGGAGUCACCCCUUGCCAUUGCUGCAGCGAACGCCUGAUUGGAGAAGAGAUGAUGGCUUCCUCCUGGUCGCCGACUGAGGCCCGUUACGUCACUCGGAGGCGCAGUCGUACGCCGCCGCGUGCGUCCCGGGGGCUUCUGGGUAGCGGCUUACCCCCGCCCCCUGCGUCAGCGUCUUCCUUUCACUCCCCGCCGCCGCCGAGGUCGCACGCGUGAGGCCUGUCCACCGCAGCAGCCAUGCGCUACGUCGCCUCUUACCUGCUGGCCGCCCUCGGGGGCAACUCCUCCCCCAGCGCCAAGGACAUCAAG